AUGAAGUUUCAAAAGAUUGCUGCCCUACUGAUUGUUUGUGUUGUGUUUGGCAUUGUCUUUAGCCAUAUAGAUAUUGGUACAGUUGAUGCAGCCCGAAUGCUCUUUGAGACUUUACGUGAUGAUCAUGAUGUUGAUUGUGUUGAUCCAUAUUCGAUAGAUCAUCACAAAGCAAAGGAUAGUGUCAAAUGUUGGCUUGAAAACUUAGGUCGUGGUGGUGGUAGUCGUGGUGGUGGUGGUAGUCGUGGUGGUGGUAGUCGUGGUGGUGGUCGUCGUGGUCGUAGUGGUCGUCGUGGUCGUCGUGGUCGUGGUCGUCGUCGUGGUCGUGGUCGUGGUCGUGGUCGUGGUCGUGGUCGUAGUCGUGGUAGUGGUCGUAGUCGUGGAAGUGGUCGUAGUCGUGGUGGUGGUCGUAGUCGUGGUGGUGGUGGUAGUCGUGGUGGUGGUGGUAGUCGUGGUGGUAGUCGUAGUGGUAGUAGUAGUCGUAGUGAGAUCGAGAUCCCUGUGCCUGGUAGGCUUACUGAGUCUGCUAAAAGCUUCUAG